UUGUCCCUCAUCGUUCGUACAAUGGUCAAGGAGUGGGGGUGACGCGAUGGAAGGGAAUGGCAUUAGCAAGCUGUUGAGUCGAGAGCUGCUGGAAGUUAGCGCCUGUCCGUGAGUCCGUGCGGAGGUUAGUUUAUUUGGUGCGGGGAAGUUUAUUGUUUAAUCGGUUUUUUUUUCUCCCAGUCGCUCGACGAGACCCGUAAAAAGGGCACGGAGUAAGAUUCGAGUGGGGUGCAGUGCGGGAUGCGUGUUCACGGCGUAAUUUAAAAGUCUACGACGAGUUUCGUGAGAACGAGCAAUACGACGGCGUGCUAGUGUCGUUGACGUUUCGUGUGUCAGUGUCCUCUCCCUCUCUUUUCUGCGUUCGUCCUUUCUCGCGUCUCUGUCCUUUUCCUUCCCGUCCCUUCUCUGCGUUGCCAUCGUGCCACCAAGCCGCGUCGUUGCUGCAAUGCCAGAUGACAGGUGCGAGGCGGUACCACCGGUGUUUGCUAACGAGUCCUUCGAGUGUCCUGCGGAUUUAGGAUACGCUGCAGAAUGACGAGCGCAAGGUUGUUCUAUCGGAAGGGCGGCGAAGAGGACCGAAGACGAAGACGACGACCACGACGACGAUCUCGAAUUCCCUCGCGCUAGCGGUGGGCUAUGAGCGCUGACAAUGGGGACGACUCCUUGGCAGAAUCGAAGCUACGGAAGAAGGGGAAGUUCCGCGGACAUUCAGACGUGGAUGCUGUGGCCCGUGUUGGGGGAUGACGGGCUGAGCCCAGCGUCGCCCCCGGCGUCGGCCAGCGUCAAGGGGGUUAACAAACUGGCGCCCCUGCUUCUCUGCGGUCCCUGCAAGCCCAGCAGCCACAGGAAGAACCAGAAUUCCACGCAGUGGUACGUGCAGCAGCCCACGUGGCGCUUAUGGGGCGAGGAAAGGGGUGAUGGCGUCAUAUACACAGUGUACCUGAAGAAGGUCCGUUAUCAUCGACCCACCAGGAGCCUCUCCGCAUCGGACUCGGACGACGAAAUUUCGCACCUAGAAUGGGAGACGGUGAGGGUUCGUUUCCUGAAAGCCGGCACCGUGCAACGGCUGGUGGAGAGUUUGGCAAACGACGACGGGGAGCUCGAGUCUACGUACAUCAAUGUCUUUUUGGCGACUUAUCGUGCGUUCACGACGCCGCGAGAAGUUCUGGAGCUAUUGUUAGCGAGGUACGACGCCCUCGACGAGGGAUCCGGCGCCCUGACAGGUGAACAGCAUCGAAAGACCCUCGUGCAAGCGCUUCACGUCUGGUUGGACGCGUAUCCCGGUGACUGGAAAUCGGCACCGAGUCAUCCUCUGCUCACUCGACUCUUGGACUUCACGCAUCGACGGCUUCCUGGCUCGGAGCUCGAGCUCAAGGCAAGGCAUCGCUUGCACAGAUUCCAACGUGAAGAUCAAAUAGACUCGUGCCUGGUCUACGAUAAUGGCCGACUGCCGCGUGGCUCACCGGAACCUAUCGUCGAACCCUGGGCGACUUACAACUUCCCUGAGGUUCCCCACCGUCAUUUUGCCGAGCAGUUGACCCGCAUGGACGCGGAGGUGUUCAAGAAGCUGGUGGCUCAUCAGUGUCUGGGUGCUGUUUGGUCGAGACGAGAUCGCUCGAGGAGCCACGACGCGGCCACCGUGCUGGCGACCGUGAAUCAAUUCAACGCCGUGUCGCUUCGCGUCAUCUCCACGAUCCUGAUAGAACCGUCGACGAAGAGUCAGGAACGCGCGCGAAUCCUGGAGACGUGGAUCGACAUUGCUCAAGAGCUGCGUAUCCUCAAGAACUUCAGUAGCCUGAAAGCUAUCGUGUCCGGCCUGCAAAGCAAUCCCGUGUACAGGUUGGAGAAGUGCUGGCAAUGUAUGCCCAGAGAGAAGCACGAGCUUUUCAGGGAACUGGAGAGAAUAUUCUCGGAAGAGAACAACGCGUGCACGCAAAGGGAGCUUCUGAUCAAGGAGGGCACCGCCAAGUUCGCGGACACGGCCGGCAGGAGCGACAGACACCUGCAGAAAUUGUUCCAGAAACAGAACACUCAUGCUGGUAACAUCAGCUAUGGAACGAUUCCGUAUUUGGGAACCUUCUUGACGGACCUGACGAUGAUCGACACCGCGAUACCGGAUACGAUAGCCGAAGGUCUGAUCAAUUUCGACAAGAGGCGAAAGGAGUUCGAGGUUCUGGCCAGGAUAAGGUUGCUCCAGGGCGCGGCGAACGCAUACAGCUUCAACACGGACCCCCUGUUCGAUCGUUGGUUCCACUCCGUGGUGGUGUUGGACGAUCGAGAGGCGUAUAAACUGAGCUGCCAGAUCGAGCCACCGCCGCCUGGCAAUACUCUGAGCAACCGGGGCAAGAAGAAGCAGAAUCAUCAGGGACACCGUAAAAACGACUCGAUAGCCUCCACGUCGAGUUCCAGCAGCUCUCAGUUCUACUGCGACCUGGAUUCGUUGCCCAGCUCGCCUCAUAACUCUCUCGACCGACGAACCUCGCCGUCCCAGAUGUCCAGCUCCUCGUCCAGUUCAUCGUUACCAUCCCUGGACGUAUCUCUGAGCUCUGGGGGCGGUAACGGAGCCGUGGGCAACCAGCACAACCGAUUAGCGCCGCCGACCGCCAUCACCGCCAACGGCACCAGUCCGAAUCUCGUCGGUCUGUCCAGUCCGAGCCACUCGCACAAAAGCUCACCGGAUUUCUACAUCAUCAAGGUAACCAUGGAGACCGACAACGUCGAGACAGACGGUGUGGUGCUCUACAAGUCAAUCAUGCUCUCGAACAACGAGAGAACGCCGCAAGUGAUACGAAACGCGAUGCUCAAACUGGGAAUAGAAGGCAGCCCCGAUCAGUACACGCUGGCCCAGGUGUUGCCCGAUCGUGAAUUGGUAUUGCCAAACUCCGCGAACGUUUAUUACGCCGUGAACACCGCGCACAACCUGAACUUCAUCCUACGACCUAGAAGGGAGCCUAACGACACGGCGACGGAUAGCCCGAAGAGCAAGACGAGCCUCAGCCACAAGCGGUAGUGCUGAUUAGUUUAAGGAUUGGACUAACGAUGCAAUCACGACGAAAGUUUAAAAGCAGUUCGGAGUGAUCUUGGAAGACUCAUUCAUCGAGAACGUUUUCGUCGAAAGCCCAAAAUCGAAUCUCAUUACGUUACGAUGGUGCGUUUACCACGUUUCGUUUUUUUAUAACCAUGACAGUAAGAACGUUCGAUCGCCAGGUUCAGAGUGACAAACAGCGACGAAAGCGGUGCACCAAGGCUGAGACACCACAAGGUUUAUUUUCUCCUUCGGUUUUUUUUUCUUUUUUUUUGUUACCGGGCGCACACUCGCGUUAGCGCAACGCUGUUACCCGCAAUACACGGUACUCGAGUUCGACAUUAAUGUUAUUACGCGAUUUUGCGGACUAAUUUAGCGUUAGGGUACGUUUAGCGUGAGUCAUAGGUCUCUUAUCGACGCACGUGCGAAACGAACAAAGAUAAGUCGACGGGAGACAGUAGUUGAGGUGAGGUGCCGCGAAUUUAGCGUGUUCGUGUGUAGUCACGUGUAUUUAUAUAUAUGUACCUUGCGCGGAUUCCACGAGAUUACGGGAGACGGGAAUUUCGCGACGAGUUACGCGAACGAUACAUGUCCGCGGGAAGAUCAUUGUGAUUUUGUACAUACCUUUAGUUCCGUAGCGCGGCUUCGAGCGUGAACGAUCGACCGAGCGGACCAAGUGAAUCCCAAAUGAAAAAUCGUCAAUUACAUUUUCUCUUCGUUUGCAGAAAAACUGGGUCGAAAAAAAAAUUGUUGAAGCGAUACCCCAUUCGUCCAUUCCGCGAUUAAUUUUUCUAGCUACGCGGCCGCGACGACGCGUGGCGCAGAGAAAUUCAAUUCUGUGAUAUUGGAAUCUCUCUCAUUUCGGCUUUGGAAUAAAAACAGAAAACCGAAAUCGAGCAUGCGUUUCGAGGGGCGAUGACAAAAAAAGAUCCGAAUACUCGUUCAGAUAUCGAAGCUAGGUGACACGUGAUAGAACGUGUGAACGUACGUUGAUAUAUUUUUACAAGGACCUGCAUGCAUUCGUAAUAGGACAACAAGGAGCACAGAAUAAUAGUGGCGGGGUCCAAACCCGUCGAGGCUUGUCGAUUCGCGUCGUCGGGUUUGGAUUCUUGAUGCAUCGUUUAGCUUAGGCAAUUUUGUACUUACCUCUAUCGACCCUAAUCUCCUCCAAUCGUCUAAGUAGUUGUAUUUGUUCGUGUACGCGUCAAUUCCGUACUGAAAUUGGCACAAGUUGUGUGUAAUACGAGUCGAUAAAAGUGACAAUAGAUGGCCUACAAUUUUAUUCAGCGUUUUCCUGCGAGUCAUUUUCCUCGCC